AAACAGAGGCUGAUGCAACGGCCCAGGCUCCCGCAACUUCUCCACCGAGUGAAUCCCGAGGAAGGAGAGCUCUAUCCGCCAGUCCGCCAGGGAUUCGGAGACGGGCCAAGACACCAUCUUUGUAUUUUCAGGAGAUGAUGCCUGGACAGAUCCCAGAUCAUUCAUUAACAGCCGGGUCUCUCCCAGUCAUAGAAACACUAAGGGGAAUGCCAACAAAUACUCUCAUAGCCAAGGAACUGAAAUUCACAGAUCUCCAGCACGUGGGUACAAUAAUUUCACCUCUACAUUUCCUUGGAGUGAGGUACAGCAAGCAAGCACUGUCACUGAAAACCGAGACAGAUCAGGAGGACGAUGAGCGGCGAAAACGGAGGAGAGAGAAGAACAAAGUUGCUGCAGCCCGAUGUCGGAAUAAGAAAAAAGAGAGAACCGAGUUUCUGCAGAAGGAAUCAGAGAGGCUUGAGCUGAUGAAUUCUGAGCUGAAAGCACAGAUUGAGGAGCUGAAGCAAGAGCGACAGCAGCUCAUCCACAUGUUGAACAGACACCGGCCAACCUGCAUCGUGAGAACGGACAGUGUCAAAACCCCUGGGACUGAGAGUCAUCCAUUCCUCGAGCAGCUGAAGAAUUGAGACAUUUCCGACCCCUUGGGCAGCUUAGAAAUCACAAUCCAUUGGAAAUGGAUCCAGCCCUUACAUCAUUCCAGCUGAACACAGUUUAAGGAAUUGCUGUAACCCAGGGAACCUCCUGAAAACCUGUUAUGGUCACUAAGAUUCUUCCUGCCAUUUGGCUGCUUCAGGAACUUGGAGUGACAGCGACGCAGACUCACUUGGACCUGUCUUUGACCACCUGCUGGACAAAUCCUCUGAACCUGGAGCGCGUGCUGGAUCACACGGACUGGAGUGAGAGAGAAUGUUGGACAGUGCACUGGUGUGCUUUCCACACACUGACCAUGGACAAAACGGGGGUUUGGGAGGGAGGAAGGGAAUGGGGUUGACGACGCAAGUGCUCCAAGUGUGGAGCUGUCUGUGAAAGUGUAUUGUUGAAGUGUGUGAUCUUCCCUGGACGAAGCGAUGGAGGGAGCUGCCCCCCACCCCCCCUGGAAUCUUCAUGUUCUGAAUCCACUGCUUCGAAAUGAAUCCAGUAAAAGGCCUUCAUGAAAGAGAAGAUGGAGAGAUCAGGAGACCAAUCGUAAUGGAGGGGGUAUGCAGGAAGAGCGAAUGGGUUAACAGGACGAGUCUGGAUGAAAUAGAACUGUUGUGAGCUCAGGGGAGGCUGUUUCCAAACCGGAUUACAGAGUGAUGGCCUGGACCCUGAAGGUGCUGAGAUCUGAGGGCCGGUGGAACUGUAAACCCUGCACUGGAGAUUGAGCCAUAGGCUCACAUUUCCCCAAUGACUAGUAUCCAUCCUCCAUUACAGACCAAUGGUCCCAUCUCCCACACUGCUCUCCAUGUCGGUGCAGCAUUGAUCUCUGUCCCCUCACAGAGUGGGAUCAAAUAUCCUCACCUCAAGAGGAAGAAAAUCCCCCUCCCUCUCUGUGUCCCCCCCUCUCUCUCUUGCCUUCAUAGUGAGAUUUGGAUUUUGGGACUCCUGUUCUCUCAGCCCCAGACAGUUGUGGUGUUCACUUGGGACACCAAUUGAACGCGGCUGUUUCUAGGGACAUUGCUCCCAUCGUGCCUCUGCUAUCAAAUAUAAACCAGCCUGUCUAUAUCAGGCCAGACCUUCCAUCAGCUGCUCCUCCGUCCCUCUGUUCUCCAAUCCUCUGGGACAGGAAGACACUCUGGCCAGAAACCUCACCCUAACCCAGGAAACUCCGUACUGGAAAGUCUCUAAAUCCCUAACACGUUCAGGCUCGGGUCCAGGAGACCAGGGACUGGGAGACAUUCCCCAGUAUUCACUCACCUUCUGUAAACAGUAUUCCCAAUUCCUAUAUGUUUUAGAGCCUGACAUUUCUCCAUUUUUACAAAGUGAUUCUCCCUGAUCUCACUAAUGAAUCAGCUCAAACAGCGACUCCAUCUAGAGAGGAGCCAUCCUGAAAAAUGGCCGGUACUGUCUCUGUCGGUGUUCCAUCAAUUACCAACAUGUUGUGACUGAGUAAUUUUGAAUCAGGAGCUGGGAGCGGGCACUGAGGGUAUCUGGCAUUGCUUUGGACAGUGAGGGUGUGAGUGACAAGUUGGCAUUGCUGCCUGGGCACUGGAUGGUUUCUGCUGAUUGAUUUGAGAUCAGGGUUCAUGGCCACGAGCUCUUGCAGUGAGAGAAUUGUGGUUGUGCUGCACUGGAAUCAGAUUGUUUUGUGGGAGAGCUCAGGAGCAGAAUCACCCAAUUUCAGUUCCUUUAGUGUGUGGUUUGUGAGGUAGGCAGUCAGAAGAAGCAGCGUGUUUGCAGCCCGGAAGGUUCCGGAUGUCACUGCCACUAUCAGUGCCUUUUUGUGUUGUUACAGUGAAACUCAUGAAAUCCCUCAUCAUUGUUACUGUCUCGAGGAUUCACCUGACGCUCUCUGUGCCCAAGCCAUUGCUGCUGGCACAGGAAGUAUUUUCUGUGUUUUUUUACUUAAUAAUCUAGUUUUGUUAGCCAAGUCAGAAUUUUAUGUUGUUAAACAAUUAGUAAAUAUUCAUUGUUAUAUA